ACAGGAGGAGGCGAUCCAGGGAGCGAGUGGUGGUGCGCGGUGCGGCAAUCCCUUCUCCGCCCUACCCUAUGCUUUCUUUGCGUCGCCAUCUCCUUCCUUGCCUUCCUUCGUCUUCCCUUCCCUUCCCUUCCCCUCCCCAGCACAAGCCCGGCGCAGCACAUACAUACAUACAUACAUACACACACAUCGACUCAACUUCCCUCUUUCUCCACCGAAAGUCCAACCUUUUCGCUCCCAAUCCACCACCCAUCGCCCACCACCAAUCCCCCCUCCCUCCCCCGCCCCCUCUCCCUCGUUCGCUUGAUUCGAUCAGAGAGAGCCCCCGCCCCCGCCCACGCCACCAGACCUCGACCAGUCAAUCCCCUCUAGGGUUUCGCCUCUCGCGCCGCCCAAUCGGAUCCACCUCCAAUGAUGACGAUGAGCGAUGACGGAGACCGCACCUGCCCGCUCUGCGCCGAGGAGAUGGACAUCACUGACCAGCAACUCAAGCCCUGCAAAUGUGGCUACGAGAUUUGUGUCUGGUGCUGGCACCACAUCAUUGACAUGGCUGAGAAAGAGGACACAGAGGGUCGUUGCCCUGCCUGCCGCACACGCUAUGACAAGGACAGGAUUGUUAAGAUGGCUGCCACUUGUGACAGAACGGUAGCAGAUAAAAAUACAGACAAGAAGCAGAAGACCCAAAAGGUUAAGUCAAAGACACUAACUGUGGAAGCUAAGAAGCAUCUGGCCAGUGUCAGAGUUAUACAGAGAAACCUGGUCUACAUAAUUGGGCUACCUGUAAAUUUAUGCAAUGAGAGUGUACUUGAGCGCAGGGAAUACUUUGGUCAGUAUGGAAAGGUUUUGAAGGUUUCAGUUUCACGUCCUACCGGGGCUCCUUCCCAGCAGACAUCAACAAACAACGGUAUCAGCGUAUAUAUUACUUAUGCCAAAGAAGAAGAGGCCAUCCGGUGUAUUCAGGCUGUACACAAUUUUGUCUUGGAAGGGAAAGUGCUAAGAGCAUGCUUUGGCACCACGAAAUAUUGCCAUGCAUGGCUGCGGAACAUGACAUGUGGGAAUCCAGAUUGUCUCUAUUUGCAUGAUGUAGGCAGUCAGGAGGAUAGUUUCACUAAAGAUGAGAUAAUCUCAGCAUAUACCAGGAGUAGGGUUCCUCAAAUGGCGUCUAGUGUUUCCCAACGACGUGCAGGAACUGUAUUGCCUCCUCCAGCAGAGGAUUUCUCUUACAGUGCGGUGGUUUCAGCCAAACAUACAAUCAAGAAUGGGACAACUAAUACCACAGGCCAGUCAAGACUGUCACCUCCAAACAGUAGUUCAGGGAGGUCCACGCUUCCAUCAGCUACUUCAUGGGGGCAUCGUGAUUUGAACACACGGACAACUGCGACUGAGGUGGCAUCCUCGCAAUCUCUUAAUAAAUCAAAAUCAGAGGCGCAUAGUAAUUCACUUUCAAGUUCUAUAAUUUCGAAUUCAAGACUACCUUCUUCAUGGAACGAUGAUACAAGUGCAGUACUGAAAAUUACUGAAGGACGGCAAGUAUCAGAACGAGAUACUUUGUCCAAAACCUUGAAGCCAUAUAGACCUGGUAUUGCAAAGGAAACUCAAGCUGUGACAUCACUGGAGUCUUCGUUGGACAUAGACUUUUCUACAAUACCUUCAGCCUGGAAUGAUGAUGAAGUUGUAGCAUCAGAUGAGACCUCGAAAGGAAGUGAGGAAAAGCAAGUUGUAAAUGGAAAGUUUAUUCCUUCAGCAUCCUCAAAACCAAUGGAAUCGGGCCAGAUAGGGUCUAAGUCAUCAACAUCACCAAAGAAUGGCGAAGUUGUAAACAGUUCCAAGCAAAAUCUUGCAGAUUGUGUGCCACAUUCAGCAAUAUCUUGUUCUGUUCUAAAGAGGGACGAUGUUGAGAGUAGACCUGGGGACACAGAAGUCGAGAAGUUGUCUGUUGGGGUAACUUCAGUAACUUUAGAUAGCAAAGAUACAGUUCAUAGCAUGGCAGAAAACCAACAGCUGGGUGCAGUCCCCAGCACUUCCGUUGUGGUGCCUUUGAGUCAAAGUUUGAACAAGGAACAAUCUCAUUUGAAGCUUGCCGGUCUUUCAUCAUCAGAAAAUAAGGACUCCGUACUUUCUUGUCAAUCUAGUUCUGAUAAGCAUCUUGACUGGAGCUCAGAGCUGCAAAGUUGUCGUGUGGCUUCUCCUUCGAAUGACAUAUGGAAUUCUUCUGUGGCCACUGAUAAACCCCAUGCCACUGCGAACACAUCACAUAUUUCUUUGUGGAAUGAUAAAGAAAUUAACCCUACUUCGACAAGUGAUGGUAGAACUUCUGGCACCAUGCUGCAAACCAGGUUAUCUUCAACCGACAAUGCUUCUACCCUGUUGAAUGGACGUCGAGAGGGGCUAGGACCUAUGUAUACACCUGAUAUGGUUUCUGAACAUUCUGGUAUGCGAAACCACCAGCAUAGAGCACUGGAUGCAGCAAGAAAUGAUAACAUAGGCAGUUUUGGCAAUGCUGCAAGUGGAAAUAAAGACGAGGGCAGCAUAAUUUCUGAUAUAUUGUCUUUGGAGUUUGAUCCAUGGGAUGAGUCGUAUUCAACGGCGAACAAUUUUGUUAAGAUGCUUAAUGAAUCUGAAAAAAACGAUGCACUUUUCAAUGCACCUUCAUGGAAAUCAAAAGGCACCAGUAAUGAGUCUAGAUUUUCGUUUGCUAGACAGGAUAACCAACGGAACUUCCAAGAUUCAUCUUUCAGAAAUUGUGGCAGUGAUCAGAAUUUUAGCUUGCUAUCCCAGAAUUCUCAUGGCAACAGCUAUCAGAAUGGUGUUGCAUUCCAAUCGCUGGAGGAAGAUUUUUCGAAGAGCAAUCAUCUUGCUAUGUCAGACAUAGCAACUGCUGGCUCUUCAAGGUCUAAAAUAUCUGCACCUCCUGGAUUCGCGGCACCAGCUAGAGUCCCACCUCCUGGAUUUUCAUCUCAGGAUGGGUUGAAUCCCCCACCUGGAUUUUCUUUAGGAUUCUCAUCUCAGGAUAUGUUGAAUCACCCUCAUGGAUAUCCUUCUGGAUUUUCAUCUCAGGCUGGAUCUAACCCCCACCAUGGAUUUUCAUCUCAGGCUGGAUCUAAUCCCCCUCACGGAUUUUCAUCUCAGGCUGGGUCAAACCCGUCUCGUGGAUUUAAUUCUGGAUUUUCAUCCCAGGAUGGGUCUAAUAAUAUUCCUCCCGGGUUUUCUUCCUUUUCUGGUGGGUUUUCAUCCCAGAAUGGGUCUAACCAAGCGUAUGGCUCCACAUUCUCAGAAACUCGUCUACUUGACAAUCUUUUUGGUAGCCACACCAAUCAGUAUCAACCUCAGAUAUCUAGACACACGAGUGACAUAGAAUUUAUUGAUCCUGCUAUAUUGGCCGUGGGCAAAGGGCGGAUGCCAGUUGUUGGUGAUUCAGGAUUGGAUUUGAAAAACACUCCUUUUCCAGCACAAUUGCAGACAUCAAAUAAUGAUCCAAGGCUUCAACUACUUAUGCAGCAGAGCAUGCCGUCUCAUCAAAAUCUCAGAUAUACUGACCAUGUUCAAGAUGCAUUCAACCCUAUUCAGAAUGAUAAUUAUCUGGCAUCCCGACUUCUGCCACAGAACCAUGGUUCUCUAUCCCCUUAUGCACAGAUGUCACUCCAGCAACCUAGAAACUCGCAGCUUGCAAAUGGUCACUGGGAUGGCUGGAGUGAUUUGAGACAGGGGAAUAAUGUUCCCAUGUCGGACAUGUCGAGGAUGUUAUAUCCAACUGAAGCUAACAACUUUCACAUGCUGGGUUCAAAUGAUAUGUAUAACAGAACCUUUGGACUUUAAUUGUCUUUGAAGGUGAAUAUUGACCUCUCGGCGUCUAUUUUGGGCUGUGUCUUGUUCUGAAAGUAACUGGUUGCACAGUGCUUGUCUAAUGGUUGUGCUAAUGAGCUGGUACGUGAAAGUUCUACUGGAAGGCAGUUGAUGCAAAUGGGCCGACACGAUCCUGAGUUUGAACUAUAUCUUCCAAGCACAAGGUUCCUUUCUAGGCGAAGUCAAUACAUGAAACAGGUGGUCCUUGAAGUAUAUGGAAGCUGGCUUGAGAAGGGAGACACCGAUUAGCUUCUGUUCUAUUUCACCAUUGUAGCUGUGUAAAUGUUUUCUUGCCUUGGGGAAUCGAGGGACUCCUUUGUACAUGAUUUUGUAACUUGCCGCUGGUAGGUCCUGUGGUGCAUAGAAAGCUCAUGUUUUGGUGUGGGGUUUGUUGGACCAAAAACUGAAAGCAAAUGUGACAAUCAUCUAUAGCUGAGCUGACAAUUGUUUGGCAUCAAACUGAAGAAGGUUUUUGAGUAAAUUUGAUGUUUGUUAGUA